AUCUCAGCAGCGUUCUACAGCGCGCUCUUGUGCGGCGCGCGGGAUUUCCGAGAUCCGACGGUCUUCACGUGCGUUCCACGCUCCUCGCUGCUGCUGCUGCUGUGUUGGUGCAGUUAUUUAUGUUCUGAUCGUGUUGCGUGUUAUCCUGUGGUGUUUAUAUAGUGUGUAGUGAAUCAGUUUACUAUUUUUUCGAUUAGCUUAAUCGGAAGUGUUGUCCGUUCACGAUCAUUAAAGGACAAUUAUAGCAGUGCUUGUAAUUAGUGCCAGAACACUAUACCAAGAGGUAAUGGAGAAGAAAAAACGCACUGUUUGGGUAAAAAGUUUCCCACGGACACGAUCAAACUGGUGGCGAUGACGGCCUUCUGCGUGGGGGAAGGUGUGCAGCUGUGGAUGUACUGCUACUUCGCCAGCAAAAUCACAGCAGAGACAGACGCGGUGGGUGACUCGGCGUACAGCAGCGAGUGGUACGAGGCGGACGCGGCCUGCAAGCGCUCUCUCGGCAUCGUCAUCACCCGCGCGCAGAAGAGGACGCCCUUCACCGUCGGCAAGUUCACCGAGCUCUCCCUCGACACCUUCGCCUCGAUUCUGAAAGGGUCGUACACGUACUUGAUGUUGCUGACAGAAGCUAGAGGAUAAGAAAACUGCUUUGCCGGAAUUCUUUAUGAAUUGGUAACAUAAGAGUUCUGUGUUGAGAUGAGCAAGUAUUUUUAGUAUAUUUCAAGGAACGUUCCUUCAAAGAAUACAGAUUAUUUUGAUCAAACUGUAACUUUCGUAAUUCGUUUCCUUACAUAAAAUCCUCAUUAAAUAUUCCCUUAAUUACUAUAUUCACAUCCUUAUAUUCCUUAAUAUCUCUGCUGCCACCACGAAGUUUAUUAGUACAGCUGACGAUUUUCAUUUAACACAGCUUCACUAUCUGUGACUUUUCCUUGAACUCAGAUCGGCUGAGCUGGCUCAGGGCAUGAACCCGUCACUACAGCGCCUCAACCGGGAGGUACUACGGUUCGAGUCCUGGUGGAGGCAGAAUGUUCGACACUGGCGACAUAGCUAGGCCGAGUUCAGCCGUUAUCAGGGGGAGAAUUCUAGCGGCCGUAUAGUUUUCUGCGGUUUCUUCUAUCAAUAUCCAAUGCUGGAGCAGUACCCUAACAACUUCAAAACCAUAAAACUUCAUAUUUAUUAGAAAAUAGAGUCAAUGGCUACAGCACGAGUGAUGACCUUUCAUCUAAUAAAAUGCCGAACUUUUUUUUUUUUUCAAAUUUAAUAUCUCUGUACAAUAAGUAAAUAAUACUAACUCAACCAUU